GAAUCGAACCGCACUACGGUGGUUAUAAGAGUUAGGAUGCUCAAUAACGUGAGGAGAUGUCUGACAGUCUCAGUUAGGACUCGUGGGAAAUUAUUAAUACGAUCGAUCCACGAGAAUGUCCUGUCGCCCGUGCUCCAUUCUCGCGCGAACGCUCGACGUUCGAAUAAUGCGGUCUACAAACGUUUUUACUGUCAAGCUACGAUCGACGAGCAAAAUCUAAAGAGCAUCGAUUUGAAGAAUCAACAGGACAAGUUGGACCAGCAGAAGUUGGAUGACGUUCUGUCUGAUCCCGAGAACAAGAAGCGCUUUCAAAUAUUAGAGUUGGAACUGGACGUCUUGCGGCACAAUGCUGAGAGAGUUCCUGACAAUAUUGAGCCAUCGGACUGGCUGUUGUUGUUAAACUCGCCGACCAAGACGAGAAGAAAAAGGUACCUGGAGUUUUUGUGGCGUAAUGAGAGAGCAUCGGAAAAUGAAAAGGCGAAGAAAGCGUUGAAGAAGGCCGAAGCGCUCGCUAAAAAAGAAGCGGAGUUGGCCGACGACACCGGUGAAAUGAAAUAUGGGCUCCUGCAUAACACUCUAUUUAUGCGUAUAUACGAGACGACUAUAAACCGCUUCUACAAUGGCAAAUUGCUCCAGAGUAUGAUGUUCGAACCGAAGUUAGUGUUCGAUUGCGGUUACGACGACGACAUGAACCAUCGCGAGAUACACAAUUGCGCCAAGCAGCUGUCUCUGGCGUUCGCCAGCAAUCGCCUCCACGCAGAUCCCAUGUGCCUUUACUUCUGUAAUUUUAACAAAGACGGAUUACUUAAGCGUUACCUUCAUCAAAACAUACCCACAUUGAUGAACGAUGAUUUUCCGGUGACAGUAACGUCCCAAUCUUAUUUAGACUUAUUUCCAAAGAAUCAGUUGGUGUAUCUCACGCCACACUGUAGAGUGAAUCUAAAUGAAUAUGAUCCAGACGCGGUUUAUAUCAUAGGUGCAUUGGUAGACAAGACUAAUUCGCAGCCGUUGUCACUGGCAAAAGCUAAGAGGGAAGGUAUCAGCAUGGCCAAAUUUCCUAUAGACACAUAUCUCGACUGGGGUGCUAGCUCAUCAAAGAAUCUCACGCUCGACCAGUGUACCAGGAUAAUGUUGGACUUGAGACAUACGAGGGAUUGGAAUAAGGCACUAUCGAACAAUGUGCCAACCAGAAAAUUGAGGAAUGCCAGAGAAAAUAGCUUACGACAGAAACUGUAUAAGUCCAUAUCCUCAGAUACAUAUAAAAUUGAGGAACCAGCUGAAGUGCCGUUAAAAGACUUUACCUUUGGAAGUAGGAAAAUUAAGAAUUAAUGUUCUUUAAUCGUUGUAUAUAAUUAGACUACGGCAAAUUUAUAUAAAAACAUAACGAAAAGCAG